AUGAUGCUACGAAUUGGCGUUCGUGAAGCUCAUUCUGUGUCUCUGGGUUAUCGGUGGAACCCUCUAAAAUCUGUCGUCCUCAAUGCUGGUGUUGGUGGUGGUGCUACUGGUGUCUCUCCUGGUCUUGGUGCUGGUGUUUCUCUGUCUCUCUAUGGUCAAGCUAUACCUACUGCUCACUCUUUUACCUACCUUGGUUUGCCGUUCAAUGUGAAGGGUAGCUUGGACACCGAUCUCUUAUUGACUAGAAAUAGUCAAUCAGCGUUAGGUGCUAUGCGUGGUUUGCAAUCUCUUGGCCUUCAUUCUGCUGGUUUCUCCAAGCUCUUAUCUGCUAAACUGUAUGCGGCCUUUAUUCGGCCCAAACUUGAGUUUGGUCUGUCUAUUUCCUGGUUCUUGAAACGUCAUUUAAAGCUUUUGGAAAAAGCUCAAAAUCAGUGUCUUUGUCUGGCCUUUGGUGGCCAUCGUGUUGUAUUCACACAUAUAACUGUUCCUGAAUCAUAA